GAUUUGAUGGAUGGAACUAUAAAGGAGAAAAUAAUCAAAGCAUAAAAACCGCCGUAGACUAUUUGUUACCGUUUGCAUUAAAUGGAGGUGAAGGAUGGGAGUUUAAAAAUAUUGAUGGAUUUAAUAUGAAUAAGUAUGUAAAGAUUUUAGAAUUAAGUUGGAUUAUUUGGGGUGAUGAUAAGUAUCGCGAUGCUAUCGAGAUUCUAAGACCAAAAUCAAAAGCAGAGCAAGCCUUGGGCCAUAAAGAAGUAUGGGAAGAAAAUUCUCUCUGUAUUUGGUCUUUGAUGAACUUUAGAGCUUUGUGGCCUUGUUUGCAAUAA